AUGGUGAUGUAUCAUGCAGUGGGUGAAGGUGACAUGGAGACAUCCUUCACUAAGGCUUUGAAGCUGGAUCUACAACCGACCAUGGAAGGUGCCCCAUCUGUACACACCCCGGCAAGGCGUUCCCAGCCAAGCUCAUACCUGACUGUUCUUGCGCUGAUGUACCUGACAGCCGCACUGAUGCCCCAGGUAUCCGCCAACCCUCUUCCCGAAUCUUCGGGGGAUUUUGAGGACCUGUCGGAAACGAACCAAGAUUUGGGAGAUUUUAGUCUUGAGCCCCUCGCCUUUCACGUCUGGAAUCUUGCCGUGGAACUGCGUGACCGCCAGAUGUGUGACUUUUUCUACGUGUGUAAUGGAAGUAUAAAUUCGCUGAACAUACACAACAUGCAGCUCCCACAACUUGUGGCGGGAGACCGAUGUUACAUGCGGGGCUUCCAUAAGAAAACAUGUCUGGCAACGAUUUUCAAGAGCCUUCAGGAGUAUGAAAGCUACAUACAUUUUGUGAAGCAAGAUAUGAAAGAUGAAAAACGCCAAGUAGACACACUGCUUGUCAGCAUGAACAAUUUGGCAUAUUUACUCCAGAUGAAGUUUCAUUACCAGCAUAAGGAAGCUUUCAUUCCAGACAUGCCCCCCCAGAAUGCAUGGAACAAACAAGUGAAAAUUCAUGUAAUUCUUAGAAACUUUGUUCAGUUUAUGGAGAAGGCUAUUCGUGCCAUUCGAUUCAUGAAAUGA